UUGGUAUUAGAAAACUUAUUAAAGAACUAUGAAAAUUCACAGCUACCAACGCAUGGAAAGGGGUACCCCACAGUUGUACAAACAAAUAUAUUAAUAAGGAGUAUGGGACCCGUGUCAGAACUCGACAUGGAUUAUUCAAUGGACUGUUACUUUAGGCAGUAUUGGCGUGACACGCGCCUGUCGUUUCUCGGACCGAUUCGAUCUCUAUCUCUGUCCAUCAAAAUGCUGGAAAGGAUAUGGCGACCCGACACGUACUUCUACAAUGGAAAGCACUCAUACGUGCACACUAUUACCGUCCCCAACAAGCUUUUAAGGAUCAGCCAACAUGGUGACAUACUGUAUUCUAUGAGAUUAACAAUUAAAGCGAAAUGUCCGAUGGAGUUGCGUAAUUUUCCAAUGGACAGACAGUCUUGUCCCCUUAUUCUUGGAAGUUACGCAUACUCUAACCAGCAGUUGGUAUACCAAUGGCAGAAUUCGCAGAGCGUAAAUUUUGUGCCCGGCAUGACGCUCUCACAGUUCGACCUCAUUAGUUUUCCAUAUCGGAACUUCACCUUCACAAGAAGAGAAGGUGAUUUCUCUGUGCUCCAAGUGUCGUUCAAUCUUCAGCGCCAUACAGGCUAUUUCCUCAUCCAAGUAUACGUGCCCUGCAUCCUCAUUGUAGUACUCUCUUGGGUUUCGUUCUGGAUUCAUCGCGAGGCUACCUCAGAUCGGGUAGGUCUUGGAAUAACAACAGUUUUAACAUUGUCAACAAUCAGUUUGGAUUCGCGGACUGAUCUCCCGAAAGUGCGUUACGCUACUGCUUUGGACUGGUUUUUACUGAUGAGUUUCUUCUAUUGUAUCGCUACGUUGUUAGAAUUUGCUGGAGUACAUUACUUUACCAAGGUUGGCUCAGGAGAAAUCGUAAUUGACGAUUCAGAGUGGGAGGAACUUAUUGAAGAAGUAGGAGGCGACACCUUCGCUGCCAGAGAGCUAGCGGUGCGCCGGCGGAGUUCAUCCAGAUCUGCUACAAACUUGAACUUUUUACCUGCACAAGGCAACUGCAUCAACGGAGGCGAAGAUUUACCACCUCCGCCUGAACAAACUUCCGUCCGCCUUACUAUGGAACGCACCACGCAAACUGAAAGAAGGGUACCUCGUUGGAGACAGCUGCUUUACUGUCUGGCAGGCGAUGACCGCUACCGACGUCAACGGCAAAUAGAAGCUGGCAAGUCAUUACCAGUAAUGUAA